AUGGGCGGAGCUGUGUUGGUUUUAAAGGAUCCAAAGUGGAAGAGAAGUUUAGCUGCAAACAUUCGCCAACGAAGGAAAGGUAUACGCAUCUCCCUCUGUGCUUUAGUCUUUGUCACUCACAUCAACGCUUUCGCUUCACGAAUUACAAAGCGAUCAAAUAUUUACACAUUUAUCUUAACUCCUGAGAAAAAGGAGCACUUGAAUUCGCCGCGAAAACUUUCCCUCCUAAAAUUGCCGUUGGUGACGUCAUCACAGAGACCGCGAGACCAACUGCUGCCAAACGAGCGUCCUUCAAAAGCGUCCUGCUCUUUCAGGAAAUCGUGUAAGGGCGGAGAGCCGUUGAGAAUGUCUCGGACUUUGGACCUUUUGGCUGGAGCGAGCCAGCUUGCUCCUCUUGACCCUCUGUGGUUUGUUGAGAAUCAGUUAGGUCUCCCGCUCCGAGUGGACAACACUGACGCAGCGGAAUUCGCCACCUCGGUCGUGUUCAUCUUCAGAAUAGCCAUUCAGCUCAGCCAGGUGUUUGCUGCGCGCGAGGCAGAAGCGAAAGGCAGGAGCCUAGCCGAGGACCAGAUGACCAUCUACCAGCAGCUGCAGUCGUCCCUCUCAGCCGUGGGCGUGGACGGGCGUUCCUGCCUCCUCAGGUUCAUCUGCGAGGCCCAGCACCGCCGGAUGCAGCGGCUCAACCUGCUCGGACAGAUGUUGGCGACGCUGCUCACCCCGAAAGAAGACGACUUCCUGGCCUCGUACUCAGAAGCGGCGGCGGCGGGUCGUGGGGUCGUGCCUGGAGCAGUACUCAGAAUGCCCAGUUUCCCUCUUCACCCUCAUGGACUACGCCGCCCCUUCGUCAAAGUCUCCGAAGGGCAAGAGGAGGAGGAACAAACUCCCUGGCGCGGGAAAGACAUCAAGGACCUCACGAAAGAUGGCGGCGGGAGAGACUGAGGACAUGGCGGAGACUGUCGAGGUCGAGGAGUAGGGUCGAAAAUGUUUUUUUUUCCGGAGUUACCCCCUCGAAUCCGUUUUUUGUUUGUUGUUGGGUUCUUGUAUAUUUAUUUAUUGUCGUUAUUUAUAUAUUUAUUUCGUAUUGCAGAGUUUUCUGUAUCGCUCUUAAAGUCUUUCUCUGUAUUUUUCACUCUUUCGCUUCACCUAUCGUUCUUAUUUCUUCCUCAUUCUCUGUGAAAAGUAUUAUACUGUGAACAUUCUCGUAGAACAUCCCUGAAUCUAUCAAUUCCGACCGAGGAAUUGGUAUGAAGCUUAAACAGACUAUAUACUAUUUGAAAUAUAGUUACUGUUUGAAAUUUAGUUAUUAUACGUCACGUGACUUUCGAAGACUUCUAUACUUACAUGACUUUUACAUAGACUCACAAAGACUUUCUAACAUCUAAAGACAUGAAUUGUUCAAGUACAGAAUAACUCGCUUGAUUUUUCCACAAAGACUCAAUUGCUCAAGAGGACUUGCUGCCGGUUUGUUAGAAUUGUGAGA